AUGGACGUUCGUCAUCAAGUCAACGCAGCCAUGGAAGAACGAGCCCGCCAACGUCAAGAAAUGCAAUGGGCUGAAUUUGUCAAUAGCUACGGCCUCAAUAUUCUCUUUCCAGCUGUUGUGAAACCAAAAGACCCAUCCAAAAAACUCAAAACGAACAAGGAUCUCAUCAAUGCUCGAUUGUUGGAAAAUGGACUACUCUUUGAAGAUUCGCAGUCCUUGCCUCAAAUUCAACUGGGAGUGGCACAAGUGGUAGAUAAUCUUGAGAAGACGAAAUGUUUUCAUUUGGUUCAUUUGGAAGUUACCAAGAAUGAAGACGAGUCCUCCAGUAAAGAAUAUCCGCAUCAACUAGAGGUACAGUUAGACGAAAAGAAUUGGUAUUCCUUGUAUAUUGGUGGUGGAUUCAAGCAUGAAGGCUUGGAAGAAGGUCUCAACAACAAUGGGACCAAACUACCCAAGGCUCAAUUUGAAGUCAGUGCGAGCCUGCCCAAUCUUACUGGAUUUUUGGAUUCCACCAGGUUCCAAUACACCGUCGAUCAAACCUCCACCUCCAGCUUCUUAUUGAGCCAUGAACGGCCAUUGUAUGCCUGGUUGGGAGACGAUACCGCACUGGGAGAAUAUAUCUUGGCUUUGCCCAAGGGAUCCCAAUACUCGUUGGGCAUGAGAGCUGUCUUGGACACGGCCGAUUACGAGUGGACUCGCUCCUACAAGGAAUAUCAAAGAUAUUUGUCUUGCCGGGUUGACAAUCGGGGCAAUGUGCAACGGCCAAACAUGAUUCCGGGAUAUUAUUGGGGGUUGGAUUGGUCUUUGGCGCUCCGCGAUAUUGUUCCACGCAAGCAUGCCAAAUUGCCCUAUGCAGCGGAUGCGUCUCCCGAAAUUGUGGCUUCCUCGGGGACCUCUCUGAAACACUCAUUGACGUACGAGCUGAGGACCAAUGGUGAACUUUGUAACAAUAGAUUAUUGCCCACGGCUGGGAUGGAUUGGUUUACCAAGGUGGAAUUGGCGGGACCGCCUGGUGACAUUGGCUUUGCAAAAGCCCAAGGAGGUGCAGCAUUGCAUUUGCCCAUUUUGGGAGAGAUUGGAGAAAGAUUGGCACUACACGGUUCAUGGUCGGGAGGAUACUUGAAGCCAUUGUCCUACGAUGGUGCCUGCAAACCAGCUACCAUUUCCGAUCGAUUUUUUGUGGGCGGACCUAUGCAACUUCGAGGUUUCCUCCCGGCAGGAAUUGGACCACGGACCAAAAAGGGAGGAUCCACUUCUCCCGAUGGGGAUAGUUUGGGUGGAAGUCUAUAUUACACAGCGUCCGUUUCUGCCUCGACUUCACCACCCGGUAUUUUCCGUAAUUAUGGUAUCCAGAUGUUUGGGUUUGCUAAUGCUGGGACUUUGGUGGGAACCACGGAUGGGAUUCCAUUGCAAGCGAUUGUUAAUAGUACCAGAACUUCGGUUGGUGCAGGUGUGGCAGCGUCGACACCCAUGGGAAAGCUGGAGGUGACCUAUGCUUGGCCAUUGCGUUAUGGUCCCAGAGAUGCAAGACGGAAUGUGCAAUUUGGGUUUGGUUUCAACUUUGGGUAG